UCUUCCAUUUCAGUUGUUAGGCCCUAAAGAACAGGUUGUUCUGGGAUAACUCUUUUUAAAGCAGAUUUGUUCUGCUCUUGAUAUUGCACUGAAGAUGGCUCUCCCUAUGGUGAUUCUGGUUUUGGUUUUGUUUAGGGUGGCUGAAAUGCGAUCCUUAGAGCAACAGUAUGGCAACAAAGCCUGGGAGCACCAAGAAAUGCUAUUUUCCAGACUCACCAACUACUCAACAGCUUCGUAUAGUGCUAGACUGAGACCCUUUGCAACACAAAAUACACCAGUGAAAGUAAAUACUAGCAUUUAUGUGUACAGUAUGUCUUCUAUUGACGAACUGCGCACAGAUUACACGAUGCAGUUGCUGUAUCGUCAGACGUGGUUCGACGACAGGCUGUCGUUCACCCCCGACGCCACCGUGCAGAAGAUAGUCGGGGACGAGUGGCACGCCCAACGCAUCUGGACGCCGACGAUCCACGCCGUCAACGACAGGGACGGGGGCCACUUCUCUUCGGAUUCGGAUCUCCUGCACAUUAAUCCAGACGGCAUGGUUCUACUCAGCAAGAGGAUAAAAUUGAAGCCCUUCUGCAAAAUGGAAUUUUACAGAUAUCCUAUGGACAAACAGCAAUGUACUUUGGAAAUUGAGAGCAGUAUUCUUCCUAGUUCUGAUAUGGAACUGAGUUGGGCUGAAGAGAAACCAUUAGAUCUGAAUCGAAAUUUCCUCUUAACUGGCUUCAUCCUAACCAAUUACAGCCUAGAAGAAUCGGUAGCUACCUAUCGACUCACAGGCAAUUUCAGUCGUAUCACCGUUCGCUUCGACUUGCAGCGUGAGUUUGGACAUUUCUUGUUGGACAUCUACGUUCCCAGCAUCCUGUUCGUUGUGACAUCAUGGCUUUCGUUCUGGGUGGAAAUUCCCGCCGCCCCUGCGAGGGUCACCCUCAGCAUGACCACCAUGCUGACCCUGGUGACCAGUGAGAGGGCAAUCCGGGAGAAGUUGCCCAAGGUGUCAUACGUCCACGCAUUAGACAUAUGGAAUGUUGUCUGUACAGGUUUCGUCUUUGCUUCCCUGGUUGAAUAUGCAUUGGUCAACUACAUCUAUCACACGGACAAGCGUCGGAAAAAGAAUAAAGGAAUGAAGAGGGCUGAGAGUACGGCGACGUUUUGUUCCGUCGACAGCGAUGUUGGUUCAACGUUCCGGAUAUUCGCGAAAAAGGGUGAAACACAUCAAAAUGAAGGAGGGAUGCCACCCAAGAAAACCAUGUCGCUUGCUUCCUUGGGAGAUGCUCAGAGCGUGAAAUCCCUGGAUGUCAACUGUGGCUGGCCGCUAGAAGAAUUCAAAAUGACGCCAAUAGAUAUCGCCAACAGCAUCGACAGAAAAUGCCGAUUCAUUUUCCCCGCCGGCUUCGUUGUUUUCAACAUCAUUUAUUGGCUAGUUUUGUGGCUGUGACCGUGACUGUUUAGAUUUUUUUAAUUAUCAUUCUAUCUGGUCUUGUGACUGUUUGCUCCAUGAACUUACCUUCGUUUUACAACAGUAUGAGACCACAUGACUUUUAGUCAUAAAUGGUUACAAAGAAGUUUCAUAUUUCGUUCUUUAGCGAACAAACUGCAGUUUGUCUAUGCAAAAUGUUUGGUGUUUCGACUAGAGUUAUCUUUCAAGAAAUGUCCAAUAACUUGAUCUAAAGUGAGUUACGUGAGUAUUUAAUGUUAUAAAAUACAAGUGUGAAAAUUUGUUUCAUAUUUUGAGUUAUAUAUUUUUUCAUCUCAUAGCAAAUGUUCUAUUAAAUUUUAAAAAUGCA